CAGUGACAACAAAGCAGGAUAAUGCCAUGGACAUUGUGGAAGAUGUUUUUGCUGGUCAGCAUGCCAAUUCUCUUGGCAAAGAGAAUGAAGAUGCCAUCAUGGUGGAUGACAGUGAGGGAGAACAGCUGGUGACACCAUCUUUGGAUGCUGCAUAUUGGGAGUCUUUGUUUGGCCCAGAACCAGAGGAGGAACAAACUUCCACAGCAGCUACACAGCUGAACAUCCAUUCCCCCUCCCCUUCCCCUUCCCUGGCUUCUUCUUCCCCUUCUCCGGCUUCUUCCCGUUUCCAUUCCCCUUCUUUCACAAGAUCAGUCUCGGAAUCAUAUAUACCAACACCUCGGCAAUCAGCAAGCAGGAGAUUUGCACACAAGAUCACAGGUCUCGUAAUCAAGACGGCUCAGGAUUGGACCGACUCCAUCAAUGCAUUCGUUGAUCAAGUCAAACACAAACAGCCACCUCAGGAGGAGACCUGGUUCCAGUUGAAAUGGGCACUAGGAGAGAUCGACGAGGCUAGGCAGAAGGUGUCCGAGUCGAUGGAAGUUGUAAAGGUACGUCAAAUUCAAUUGCCAAGCCGUUGAUCGUCUUUACGAGGAUGCUGACAUCGUGCCAUUCUUCACAGCAAUCGGGACUGGCGCACGCAAUGGGGCGCUUUUUGAGACUGCAUAAAGUGCCACCUGGAUACUCGCUUUCGGAAGUCCAGAAACCUCGCUGAAAAUGCGGUGGCGAAGUGAUCGAGCCUAGCCCUGUCGCGCCACAAAAAAUCAAAGGCCACAAGCCCAGAAACUGUAUCGCUUCGUGAACGACAGCG